UGCAAUCGUCAUGACGAUAACGAUCCGAGCGCUGAGGAAGGAUGAAGUGAAGGCGUGGGUGGCUCAUUGUACGGAAUUAUUCAAGCACGACUCCGAUGCAUACUUUAUCUCGCACUUGGAAGAUGACUGCAGCGCGUUGGAGGACAUGAACAAUAUCCUCGUGGCUGAUGACGAUGGCGCGAUUGCAUCGACUGUGCGGGUCGUGCCACGUCGGCAGUUCUUUGGUGGGCAAUUGGUCUCCAUGGGUGGGAUAGCCGAAGUUUCAACGAAGGAAGAGUACCGCGGGAAAGGUCUCGCGACGAAGCUACUCCAAUCUGCUCUCGAUGGACCAUUGGCUUCAUUUGACAUGUCGGCCCUCCACACAGAUGCCGACCGGCUCGGUGGAUUCUACCGCAAGGUCGGGUACAUCCCCAUGCCUUUGAGAACUGCAUCCUUUCCAGUGGAGCUUCCAUUGCCUCCGCUUCCCCCGACGAUACGCCUCUCUCCGAUCCAAAACCUCGCCGACCACGCCUCUGCUCUCCUCGAUCUCUAUCACACCGUGGCGCCAUCGUUCAACGGACCAAUUCAACGGUCAAUUCCAUAUUUCUGCCGCUGGAUUGCAUCCCGCCACCGCCGCUCAAACAUUCAGUCAAUUGGGGCGUGGAAUGAGAACGGCGAGUUGGUUGGGUAUGCGUUUGGUAAAUCCACGCCAGCCGACUCUGCACUUGCCGUCGUGAUCGAUGAGCUGAUUGUAUAUCCUGCUUCAAAAACGUCGCACGCAGUGGCGGUGCAUUUGGUGGCCGCGUUCGCCCCUGGUCGCUCGUUUAUGGCGGACCGCGUCCCCGUCCCCGUGGCCAUCGAGUUGGGACUCCUUCCAUCAACAGGACCGCCUCCUGCCGACACCGUCAUCUCAGAGGACUGCGGAUUUAUGAUACAGCGACACAACCUCUCGACGGACUUGUGGCAAUACGUCGUCGCCACGGACGACAAGAACGUGUUUUUCACCUCAGACGGGUUUUAAUACAGGGAGCUGCUAAACGUGCUGGGUAAUUGAAGCGCUUGAUGGACGGCCGUGACAAAUUUUCGCUCUUCUCGCUCCACUUGCUCCUGCACGCGCCGGC